AUGCUUAUCAAGACACUGCUACUGAUAGCUGUGGUGUGGGUGAGAGUUGCCAGACUGACGCCCACCCUCCCCGCCCACCUCUCACCUGAGUCCUGCCCGCCCACCUUCCUCAGCAACCACCCACUGAUUUUGGUGUCGGUGGAUGGAUUCCGCGCCGACUAUAUUCUCCGCGGGAGGACGCCGACCAUCGAGGCCUUGGGUGCCAGCGGCGUCCGGGCACCAUACAUCAAGCCUUCCUACCCCACCAUAACCUUCCCCAACCACUACACCAUAGUCACCGGACUCUACCCUCCGGUCCAUGGGGUCGUGGACAACAAGUUCUACGACCCGACGCUUGGUAGGGAGUUCCGCGUGGGUCGUCCUGGAAGCUUGAAGCCCUGGUGGUGGGGGGGUGAACCUAUUUGGAAGACCGUCGAGAUGCAGGGCAAGCUGGCGGCCUCUUACUUCUGGGCCGGCUCCGAGGUGGAGGGCAACCAGCCUACUUACUGUAUCAAGUACAACGCCUCUCUUCCCUUUGAGGAGCGGGUGGCCCAGGUCCUGGCGUGGUUGGACUUGCCACCAGCAGAACGACCAGCCUUCAUCGCGCUGUACAUGCAUCAACCUGACGAAGUGGCCCACGUAUAUGGUCCUAAGGCACCCCAGGUGGACGAAACACUCUCCCACAUAGACGCAGUGGUGAAGCUCCUGGUGGAGGGUCUGGGGGCCAGGAACCUGCUCUCGUGCGUCAACCUGGUGGUGCUGGCCGACCACGGGAUGGCGGAGACAGCGCUCGAGAGGGUCAUUCGCAUCGACCAUUAUGUCCCCAACCUUGACGCCAGGACCAGGUUCUGGGGCGGCGUCUUCGGGAGGAUGACGCCUCUUGACGGCUCACCAGAGACCAAGGAGGAGAUGCUGGAUGCACUGUCAUGCAAGAGGCCAGAAAUGCGAGUGUAUGACAAGUCAACUCUUCCAGUCAGGUGGCACAUCGGGCAGCAGCGGAGAGUGGAGGACAUUGUGUUUGACCUGGACGAUGGCUUCCAGGUGGCCAAAGACAACAAGUACACAACUUAUGGUGGAGACCACGGCUACGACAACUAUUUCUCAUCCAUGAACGCGAUUUUCGUGGCUCACGGUCCAGAGUUCCGGCGUAACGUUGAGGUGGAGCCUUUCCAGAACACUGAGCUCUAUAACCUGAUGUGUGUCCUGCUGGGGGUGAAGCCUGCUCCCAACAACGGUACCUGGGGCGCCCUUCAUCACCUGCUGGCCAACCCUCCGCCACCACCAUACUCCACACUUCAGGAGGCUCCGCCUGCUAUAGCAGAAGUACCUGUAGAGCUUCAGGAACCGUAUGAACCCAUCAUGUGUGAGGGCGACCUCCUCAUGCAUGGAGAGGAGCUUAAGGUACUGCAGGGGGCACGGAAGGAGGCUCCAGAGAUUUUAAUCAAGCACCUGCCUUGGGGUGUUCCUCAGAUGGGGAGAGCUAGAGAAAGCAGUCUCCUCUUGGUGCAGCCGGAUUUUGUCAGUGCUUACUCUUCCCUGGUGAAGAUGCCGCUGUGGACAAGCUUCAACCUGAACCAAACCAAUAGAGAGACUGUGAACCGUGAAUCUUCCCCUUGGAGAAGCGACGCAAGGCUGAGGAUAGACCAGAGACUCUCCUGCCAAACCUAUCAAUCAAUGACUACCCUUAAGAUCUCCCCUCAGCCACUCUUCCCACCUGAGUUCAGUUCAAGAGAAGACUGCGAGCAGCUGCCCUACCUCAUCACCAACGCCGUCCCCUUCACCAACUUCCUGACGCAGCGCUGGCAGGAGCUGCUCAAGUUGGUCAAACAAUGGUCAUAUAGGUACAGGACCCUCAACGUCAUCACGGGACCCGUGUUCGACUACGACACCGACACCUUCGCUGACGACCUCCGCACUAUUAGCCCUGGUGGUGGAGAGGUGAUGGUCCCGACCCACAUGUUCCUUGUGGUGAGUCGGUGCUCAGUGUUGGUCAGCCACGUCUCCCAGUGUCCCCACGACCACCUCGACGCUCUCGCCUUCGUGUUCCCUCAGAGUCUCGCUGUCUCCAACUGUCUGAGUGCAGAAAGAUUCGCCCAGGAAUUCAGUGCUACGGUCCAAGACGUGGAGAAGAUCACAGGUCUUAAGUUUUACCCGAACUUGAACUUCGAGGAUCAAGUGAGACUGCAGGUGAGGAUUCACUCCAACGUCUGGGGCCGCGAGUCGUGGCUCAACAGAAUCCACUCAGACAUUGCGUUUGAGGCUUGAGGCCCUCUACUUCUUGCCCACAGAUAGCUCACAGGCAAUUGGGAUCCAUUUCCCAAUGUCCGGAUGGGAAAUGUCCAGGUAGGAGGAGUUAGAUGAUGUCCGGAGGGAAAAAUGACCUACUUUCUGUUUGCUUUGGCGAAAUCCCAGAAGUAAAGUACUGUACUGUCCAGUCCAUCUUUGUCAUGAAUAUCGAGAUGAUUGUUAGAUAAUACAAGUUAAGAAUGAGAAAGGUGUGUACUGGGAUGACAGGCCCUUGUAACGAUCAAGCAACUAGUUAGGAGAAAUGCCUCUAGCUGGAUAUUAUGUUGGAAUUGCUGUCAUAACAGAGUUAAAGUUUGCUGAUGAUCAAUCUAAUUUUUUGUUAUCUCUUGUGGAUGUUUUUUCCAUCAGUACAAAUAAAAAAUCAGAGGUGUUUGUUUGUUGACCUUGUGUGUGUAACUUCUACACCAGCUUUUUAAGAAACUGUAUAAAUGCAGGCGGCUCAUUAUAUAUAACUUUAAACAGGAAACAUUUUGAUCGUUUGUUAGUAAGUAAAAUGAUGAAAUAUCAUAUUUUCCGGUGGAUAGGCAGGGCGUCCUCGCGAAUUGUCACAUGUAAGAAAAAUGGUGUCGAACCUUAAGUAACCGAGGACCCGCGAAUAUAAAACAUGGCAGCUCAUCAAUUUUGCGAGCAGCUAUGAAUUUAUAGUACAUCAUAUUUUGGCCGCUGG